CGAGAGUUGCUUAGUAAAGGAAGAAAACUGUAUCCCAAUCAGCCUUUUCAGAUCCUUACCCAUGGUGGCCCAAAGAUUGUUCUUCCCCAACGAUAUCUUGAAGAAGUUCGCGACUCUCAGCAGGCAUCCUUCCCUCCUUAUGUCAUGAGCGAGACACCUUGGAACUUGCCCGGGUUCGACGGCCUAAUGGUGAGCCACAAACACGCAUGGCUCCUCCGAGAAGUUAUCAGUGUUAAGCUCACACAGUCCCUGGGAGUUAUCACUGAGAGCCUGGCAGAAGAAGGCAUUCUAGUUGCCGAGGAACUUUUCGGAAACCUCGCCCCUGGACGGUGGCACACUGUUACAUUGCUCCCUGAAGUAACGAAGAUAAUUGGUCGCUUCACUGCUCGCACUAUGCUCGGCGAAGAGCUAGCUCAUAAUCCGGAAUACAUCGACAUCUCGAUUAAAUACGGUGUCACUGCUUUGCCAGCUGCUUUGCAGUUUCGUCCAUGGCCUCGUAUCCUAUGGCCAAUCGUACAAUACUUUAAUCCACUGUGCAAGACGGCUCGAUGCCAAGUUCAAAGAGCACGUCAGUUGAUUACAAAGGAAGUUGAACGCCGAGAGAAGUUGGCAAGAGCUGCUAUCGCUGCUGGUACAAAAGUCCCAAAAACGCACGACUCCGUAGCGUGGGUUCUCGACCAAAGUAAGAAUAAGACGGAUCAAAAGCUUGAUCUUGUUGGCUUUCAGUUAACUAUAUCUAUGGUUGCUAUUCACAACACGGGCGGGCAUCUGUUCACCGCUCUCUGGUGCCUCAUCGCGUAUCCCAAAUACAUCCCACUUCUCCGAGAGGAAGCUAUCUCAGUUCUCAAGGAGUACGGCUGGACAAGACAAGCCUUGGCCCAACUCAAGUUACAAGAUGCUGUGCAUAAGGAAUGCUUGAGAAUCCUUCGGAGCAACCUUAGUACUGCACGCCGACAAGUCGUCAAGGGAAACUUGACAUUCUCAGAUGGAUUCACUAUUCCCAAUGGUCGAAGGUUUUUCGUUAUGCCUCCCGCUGAUUACCAGGGUGAAAACGAAGAGUUUUAUCCAGAGCGCUGGCUCAAAAAGCGAGAAGGAGAAGGACAAGCGAACAAAUACUCCUUUGUCACGGCAAAUCUAGAGAAUCCAGAGUUCGGAAUAGGCAAGCAUGCCUGCCCAGGCCGAUGGUUUGCAAACGACGAAAUGAAAAUCGCACUCUGUAUACUCUUGCUGCGCUACGACUGGAAAGCUACACCCGAU